CCACUGCGCGCGAUCGCGUUCUGGUCUCGCGCGCGAGGCCGACGCCGAGGCGAGACCAGUGCGGCGGCGGGCACCUCCCUCUCUCGACGCCGACCGGUGACGCUUCCUUCUCCCAAUCCAGGGAAUCGCUCUCCGUUUACUCCCCAACCCUCGUCGAGGCCAACCGCCGUGCGCCGACUCAACCGACGCCUUCCUCGUCGCACCUGCCGCUACUGCGCCGCUGCUGCAAGUGCGGUGCUUCGCACACAACCUCCUCCUUGGCGUUGCAUUGCGUCCGCUACUCCCUACUCUAAUCAUGUCAGAGUCAGACGAGGAGCGGCCGUCCUGCUCUUGCUCCAAGACCAAAUGUGUCCAACGCCGCUGCAUGUGUUUCAAAGCGCGCUACUAUUGUUCGGACUACUGCAAGUGCCUUGGCUGCUUGAACACUGAAUGCAACGAAGCCUAUGUGGAGGAGCAAGUCGAGCUGAUCCUGAAGAAAAAAAAGGUUGCUGUUGUUGAGGAGGCUACGCAAAUGCCUUCUUUUGCUCAGGAGGCAAAGCAAGUGUUUGCCCAGAGCUCUGGUGCAACGCUGGGCGAUGAGCGACUGAGUCGUGUCAAGGGGUGCAGCUGCCGGGAGAUCAAGUGCAGCAACAUGAAUUGUGAAUGCUUCAAGUUCAUGGCCAGGUGUACGGAAAAAUGCCAGUGUGAAGGGUGCGCUAACAGUUUUGGUAUCAAAGGGAGUGAUUUUAUCAUCAAACCAGAGAUUCACGUCAAAAAAAUCAUCAAACUGGAGCAGAAUGAUACCGGUGGCAUAACCAGUGAAGCAAUCAAGAUGGAAAAUCGCACGCAGUCUGAGGAAGCUUCGAGUUCUGAUCCAAACAAGCGCCCGAGAAUCUUGCAGCCUUCAGAGCAUGAUACUACACCGCCCUGAGGACGAUGGUAACCUUCUGCCAAUAUGCAUCUGUAAACAGGACCAUGUUUCAGUAUUCCGUUUCCAUGUAAUGAAAUCUCGAAGCACAACGAGAACUUCUUGCUC